GGAGGGGGUGGGGCAAUGGCGGUGAGGCGGGCCGAGGUGCGCAUGCGCUAUGCUCCCCUCCCGCCGGCUCUGCGCUUCAAAGAUGGCGGAGCCUGAGGCCCCGCAAUCACCUCAGCAACCGGAGCCCGGGCCGACCGACAACCAUGAGACCAUCGAGCUGCACCAGGGCCGCAUCGACGACGAGAUCAACAGCCACGACAAGGCCGGGGUCCCCCUGAACUCGCCGUGGACGUUCUGGCUGGAUCGAUCGGUGCCUGGAACUACUGCAGCAGAGUGCGAAUCCAACCUGAAGAAGAUCUACUCUGUGCAAACUGUACAGAGUUUCUGGAGCGUCUACAAUAACAUCCCUCCAGUAACCAGGUUGCCUCUACGUUGCAGCUACCAUUUAAUGAGAGGAGAAAGGCGCCCAUUGUGGGAAGAUGAGCGUAAUGCCAAAGGAGGUUUAUGGAAAAUGAAAAUCGCAAAGGAAUUCACUUUUGCUGUUUGGAAAGAGUUAUUACUGGCCACCAUUGGUGAACAAUUUGCAGAUUGCUGUGCUGCAGAUGAUGAAGUAGUGGGUGUGAGUGUGAGUGUUCGAGAUCGUGAAGAUAUUGUUCAGGUUUGGAAUGUAAACGCCUCUGGAGCAAAUGAAGUAACUAUUAUAGAAAAGAUUUAUGGUCUUCUUCCAAAUGUAACCUUUAAGGCAGUGUUCUAUAAACCUCAUGAGGAACAUCAUGCUUUUGAGCGUGGGCGUGGAAAGCCAUAGUGAUUCACAGAAAACUUUCGAGAUUGGGAGCUGAUUUGUUUUUUUUAACUUGUGCGUGGAGUCCACGGGUUGAACUUUUGUAUAUCUGCGAAUGGUGUUUUUUUGGUAGAAUUUUGAUAAAUGGAAAAGAAUCAGGUGACUAGUUCAAAAGGAGUCUGAAAUGCUGCCAUCUUGGUAUGUGAUGUUUGCGUGAAUUACUUUUAAUGCCUUUGUUCAUUCAUUUCUCUACUUGGCGAUUUCUUUCUGUGGUGGUGGGAGCGAUUCUUAGCAGCAGUCCGUAAUUAAAAUGUUCUUUCUUUCGAUAGGUAGCUUUCUUUUUUGUUUUCGUUUUUUUGACAGCAUUCCUGUUCCUUUAUGCACACGGUUUCUAUUUGUUUUUUAAAGUAACUGUACUGUAUUUAACUGAUUGCAAAUGUGCACAUGAGACUUGCUGCUUAAUCUUGAAAAAAAGGCCUUCAAGGUAGGAAUACUGAUUCACACAAGGUGAAUUUGGAACUGAUCAAUUGUGGCACAUUCCAAGUGGAUCACAGUUCUGUAUUUUUUCAUUUAGAAAAUUGACUGCACUACACAAUCAUGUAUGUAACCCACUGUAAGUUUGGGCCUUGUGAAUGCCAUGCAUUGAUAUAGACUUUUUCAAUCAGCAAUAUAUACAGAUUGUCCGAAAGAUUAACUUUCCAGUUUAUUUUCUAAUUUAUUACAUUUAUGUAACUGAUAUGACUGUAGAAAAUUGUCAUUGUUGGCAAUUCAACAGCAUUACUUGUACAUUUUAUUCAAGCAGUCAUAUCCAUCGAUGCAAAGUUUGGAAUAUAAAACCAUAUUACUUCAUGUAUUGCAUCUUUCAGUUGUUUAAAAACCUAUGAGCUUGUAUGAAUCUACAGCUUCAAAUAAUCUUUGUUACUACAGCACCUUAAACUAGUCUGUUUCUGUCUGUGGAGAGCAUUCAUUAAUUGGAAUUACAAUGUUAGAGUCGGUUUUGCAUGCUUUCAUUCUUUUGUUACUUGUAACAGCGAGUGCAAUUUUGUCUUGUUUGUUGGUGAUUUGUGCAGUUCUUUGCUAUAGAACCAAAGAUUCAAUUUAAGGGUUUUGAGAAGCAGUGAAAUAAUUUGCAGAGAAAGCUAGGAAUGUGCAUAUCCCAUGCCAGAAUAUGAUUUUAUCACUCACAAUGUUUUGUUUUGGGAAUCAAAAAAUUCUCAUUUUAUAUUAGCCGGAAAGUGUUUAUCAACAGGACUCUUAUUUAACAAUAUAAAAAUGUGGUAAUAUAGAAAAUCUGUUCACUAACCUGAUCAGGGUUAAUCAAGAUAGGAAAUAUUCAAGAGCUCAUUUCAAGAAUUUCAUAUAAAACAUUUGAUUAAACUACUACCGAAGAGUGCAUAUAACCAGAAAUCACUAAUGAAAUAUUAUGCGAUCCUCAUGAUCACAAAUAUAGUUAAUUGACCAAACUUUGAUAAGUCAUAAAUAAUAACAGAAGUUGUUGGGAACACACAGCAGGUCAGGCAGCAUCUAUGGAGAGGAAAGUGAAUUAUCGUUUCUGGUUGAUGACCUUUUGUCAGAUUUCCAGCAUCUGCAGUAUUUUGCCUUUUGAUAAGUCAUACUUGGACAAUUCUAGCAAUUGUAUCAUUAUAUGUAGCAUUCAUAUAUAAGCUAUCAUGCUCCAUGUACUAUAACUGCCAUUUGAGUAAGUCCUGCCCUUUUUCAGUGAACAAAUACAAAGGUGCAAUGCAUCCCUUUUCAUUAGAAUGUAAGUUGCACACACUAUAGUAAAUACAACAAUGUAUAACUAAAGCACAUGGACACAAAUAUGAUCUCCUUGGCUGCACAACAAUUUGUAUGUUUAUCAAUCAUGAUUUGAAACUUUUUAGGUUCAUAGAGUAGUUUUAAAUGUUUUUUACGAUAAAUCCAAGGGUUCUUUGAAGAUCAUACAAUUUCGUAUUGUCGUAUUUCUGAGCACUGAUUUCUAAAAUAAAACUUUGUUAAUCUCAGCUACCCAGGACUACAUGUGAAAAAUGCACUGAAGCACAAUUGGGGGCAGGGGGUGGGAGUUGUUUUGUAAUAAUGAGGACAAACUGAUGGUUCACAACUGUGAAAGUUACAUGUUAGACAUAUCACAAAACCAUUGACAAUUUUUCUCUACACAAUCAGUUUUUUUAUAUUGAAAAAACACUGUUUCCCCUAAAAUCUGCAGCCUUCAGAACGUUCGUGCUGCGGUUCGUGUUUUUCUACGACUUUUAAACCCAAGUGAACUGAAACUCUGGUCAGUGAAUGGCCUAUUUUAAAUGGUAUUCACUUCUGAUUUGAACAAGCAUCUUUAUUUAUUACUCAUAUUUGAUUAACGAUCUGUUGCAUUUAUGCCAUGACUCUAUCAAUGCAUCCAAGGGCAAGGAUUUGUCGGCUACUUCUGAUGGUCUUAAAAAUCCAACCUUGAAUUGAUUUGAUUGUCCACAUACAGGAAGUACCUUUAUGAUAUAAAUAGAUUGUGAAUAAUAUAAAUGUUGAACCUGCGCAAGAAUUUAGAAAACAUCAUCUUUAUUUUUGUUAAAUCUACUUUUGUAGAAUAGCUUAGUUAUAAUCAAUUUAUUUUGAAUAAAAGUAUACUGUGGCUAUUAAUUGCAUUAAGAUUGGAAUCAGAAGACAAUAUGACUUCAGAUUAUCUGAAUGAUGUGUGUGUUUUUUUAAAAAAACACACUGGUGCUUUGUGUAUUCAAGGUUUUCAAACCUGGCACAGAAUUUGGUUUAGAUUUCUUAUUCCUGAAAAGCAUUGUUUCAUAUAUGCCAUUUUAAAAUGUUGCUUGUAAUUCUUUUGAUAAAUACUGAAUAAAAGAAAUACGUGCAAAA